AUGGGCUGCCUCAGACUUCUCAAUUUUUUUUACACUGGCUGGGUCGUGGACUCCAUUGCAUUCUCCUACAUCGACUACACUGGCCAGAAGCGCUCUGCUGGUCGCUGGGGUGGUCCCGGUGGAGAUCCUCACACGAUCCCGCUUGGCGAGUCUGAGGUGGUCACAGAAGUAUCCGGGACAGUGGGCAACCCCUACGGCGGUACCAAUAAGUUGAUAACCUCCAUCAAAUUCGUGACAAACCUUAACAAGACCUGUGGGCCUUGGGGGGAUGGGAAGGAGAAGGAUGCUCCAUUCACCAUCCCUGUGCAGCCAGGCAGUGGCAUCGUGGGCUUCUUCGCACGUGGUGGGGAAUUCGUUGAGGCCAUUGCCGUCUACGUGCGGCCUCUCUAGACUCUGAGAAGCUGCUGCUUCGUCAGCUUGAUUGCAGAUACCAGCUGCUUUCAUUUCAUUUCCUACUAGUUCGUCACUAAAAUUGUCAGUGUGGUGUGUCUUCCCUUC